AACCGGAUCCGGACCAACCGAUAGGACCAAACCCGGUGCUGUAAGGCUGUCCAUCAUGAAGAAGCGUGGUAAAAAGCAUCUGGAGGAGGAGGAGACGUUGUGCUGCUGCGAGUAUGUGAACAGACUGGGGGAGCGCAGCCAUGUGGCCGCCUGCUGCUGCGACUGUGAGGACCUGGACGAUGCCUGUGACCGGUUUCUAAAGAGGGAGUCUCAGAAACCCGAGUCCCUGUCUCAUGUGGCUGCAGUUUUCACAGACCGGAUCCGAGUGCCCUGGCUGUGGGGGGGGGCUCGCAGAGUGGAGCUGUCCGUCAUCCCUCCUCUCAUCCUCCUCCCGGUGCUUCUUCACAUCGCUGCCCUCCACUUCCUGCUGGGCGUGGUGUCUCUGAUCGCUCUGCCCGGCCUGGUGCUGUGGUACUACUACUCCACCCACCGCAAGAAGGGCCGCACGCUGUUCUUCCUCAGCCUCGCCCUCUUCUCCAUCGGGUACAUGUACUUCUUGUUCCUCACCGAGGUGCUUCCCCGCGGGGAUUUUGGUCUCAUCCAGCCGGCUGUUGUAACUUUAGGGGUCAUACUCACCCUGGCGGCGCUUUUCCACACUAAGAGAGACCCUGGCAUCGUGCGGCUGAACCUAGAGGACGUCCACAGCACGGUGACGUAUCACAGCCCUCUGGCAGAGAGAGACUCUGCUGUGAAUGGGGGGAAACACGACGUGACGAUGACUGUAGCCAACAGGGCGGAAACGGCGAAGCAAGGGGAGGCGGAUCUGCAGGAAAGCGGCCAUAGGAACUGGUGUCCCGUGUGCAAAGUGGUGAGACCCCCGAGGGCGGGACACUGUCGGAUCUGUGGCGUCUGCGUCCGGCGUCUGGACCACCACUGUGUCUGGAUAAACAGCUGUGUGGGGCUGGCCAAUCACCGCAGCUUCCUGCUUCUGCUCCUCCUCUUCCUGUCGACGUCUCUGUACGGGAUCGGCCUGGUGCUGCGGAGCGUGUGUCCGGAUCAGCUGCUCCUCACCGCCCUUCUGUACUGCCCCGGGGUCUACGACCAGUACAGCGCUGCGCUGUGCUUCACCUGUGCGUGGUACAGCAGCAUGGUGUCCUGCGGGCUGCUCCACCUGCUGCUGGUGCAGAUCAUCAACGUCAGCUUCAACGUGACGGAGCGCGAGGCCCGUCUGGCCCUGAGAGAGAAGACCGCUCGCAGCUCCUACUGGGGGCUCGUCGUGGACACCGGGGUCUACUCUCGAGGUUUCCGUGAAAACUGGGCUGAGUUCAUGAGCAUGGGAGAAAAACUGAAUCCCCCAACCCCCCUCCCCACAGACCUGGUUGCCUUGCUGGGAGACGGACAAAAACGAGACUGAGUAAUGUGUCCUGCUUCUCGUGGAGACGUUUUCUCGGCAGCAGCACAAUGACGACGAGUCCCGCACAAAAACACCGACUGGACGUUCUUUUUCUCCAGGAACUUUUCACAAAAACUUUUAUCAGCCUCACUCGGACUUGGAUAUUUGUCGCGGAUGAAUUAAACAUCUCAGCAGCUCAUCAGGCUGAUUAAAGUGUUACAGCUUGCAUUAAUCACAAUGAUUGAUUGGUUAGUUAUAAAUAUAUGAGCAGCUACGUUUUAUAUCAAGCUGGUUCGAACUCCUGAAUGGACCAGCUCUGGGAAUAUGAAAAAAGUGAAUAUACACAUAAAUGUCACCUUGAGAAGUU